AUGGAUGAACUCACAAGGUGGCAGCGGAAUGACUUGGAAAAGUUUAACAUUGAAAGCGCUGUUGAAUUGAGUGCAUACAUACCAGAGGCAGUUCUGCGGGCGGAACUACACCGAAGAAGUGGGAUCAGAGACUCUGACAAUGAUAAGCCAUCGUGUGGCUCGAAGGAUCGAGGUGUUUACAACACUCCAGUACAUGUAAUGGCACUGUUCCUCAUUCUACUGCUGAGUACUUUAGCUUGUUCAUUCCCUGUACUUGCCCGUCGGUUCCCACGUCUCCCAAUACCACGGCGUUUUCUUUUCCUUUCCAGGCAUUUUGGGACAGGUGUAUUGAUAGCUACGGCCUUCGUCCAUUUACUCCCUACGGCGUUUGUGUCCCUGACAGAUCCAUGUCUUCCUCGAUUUUGGAGUGAAUCAUACCGUGCCAUGGCUGGUUUUGUCGCCAUGGUUUCCGUCUUUGUUGUGGUGGUGGUAGAGAUGUUUUUUGCCAUGAAAGGAGCAGGCCAUGUUCAUGGGAGUGAGUACGACCAUUUGAUUGGUGAUGUCGGUGGGGAUACUGCAAGCGUCUAUCGGAAUGAGGGGCCCGAAUACCUACAAGAGUCAACAGAGAAUAUUCACCUUGAGGGCAUGCCGGACGGCAGCUGUACAAGUAGCCUGCCGCAAUCCUCAGGUCACCUGCUGAGUGACUUUACAGACGACGGCAGUCAAUCACAAUCCGCAAAUCUGGUUGCGCACAAAGAGGAUGUGGAGGUUGAUCUUGAGGGACCAGACUCUUACGAUGGCUCACGUACGAAUGCUCAUCGAAACCCUUACUCACAGUCAGAGUUGGCUCGGCCUUCGCCGGCUAUAUCGUGUGAACAUCCGGACACUAUGUUGACUAUACAGAAUCCGCAACGUCAGUUGCUCCAGUGUCUUCUUCUCGAAGCCGGAAUUCUCUUUCAUAGUAUUUUUAUUGGAAUGGCCCUUAGUGUCGCAACAGGGACGUCAUUCAUUGUACUGCUCGUGGCCAUCUGUUUUCAUCAGACUUUUGAGGGUUUCGCUCUUGGCUCGCGUAUAGCAUCGCUGAUUCCGGACCUUUUUGCCCCAUCCUCGAUGAAGCCAUGGCUCAUGUCACUUGCAUAUGGGACUACAACGCCCAUUGGUCAAGCUAUCGGUCUUAUUUUACAUAACCUAUAUGAUCCAACGAGCACUGCUGGUUUGCUUAUGGUUGGUAUUACGAAUGCGAUAAGCAGUGGGCUUCUGCUGUUCGCUGGGCUGGUUGAACUUUUGGCCGAAGAUUUUUUGAGUGAGUCAAGCUACGCAACCUUACAUGGGCGAAAGCGCGUUGAAGCAUGUAUAGCAGUUGCCUGCGGGGCUUUGUUAAUGGCGUUGGUUGGUGCAUUUGCCUAG